UUUUUUUCUUUUUCUUUAUGAUCUCUUUCUUCAUCAUCUUUAAUAGGAACAUCUCCUUCUUUCUCUCAUCAUCCUCUACUAACCCUAGUUCCCACUCACAUUUCCCAUCUUUUCAACAAAUUUCGAAUUCUUUUCCCACUGCGAUUGACUUAAAUUGCAUCGCCAUUAUUUUUUUCAUCUUUCAAGGUUACGUUUUUUUUUUCCUCUGAGCUCACAUCCACCGGAAGAGGAAAAAUUUAACGAAGUUAAAAAAAAAGAUUCCUUCGUGAAUUUGCUUCCCGCCAUUAUUAUUGAUCGGAAAAAAUAAUUAAGAAGAAAAUGGAGAGAGUGAAUCUGGGAGGAUUGGGCUACGAUAACGGCGGAGGAGUCAUGAUGACUAGAGAUCCUAAACCUAGGCUCAGAUGGACCGCCGAUCUUCACGAUCGCUUCGUCGACGCCGUCGCUAAGCUCGGUGGCGCUGACAAAGCAACUCCUAAAUCGGUUCUGAAGCUAAUGGGAUUAAAAGGCUUGACACUGUACCAUCUCAAGAGCCAUUUACAGAAGUAUAGGCUUGGUCAACAACAAGGGAAAAAACCAAAUCGAUCUGACCAAAACAAGGAAAAUGCUGGAAGUUCAUAUGUGCAUUUCGACAAUUGUUCUCAAGGAGGAAUCUCGAAUGAAUCAAGAUUUGAUAAUGGUCAUCACAGACAAAGCGGGAAUGUACCUUUUGCUGAGGCAAUGAGACAUCAAGUUGAUGCACAACAGCGGUUUCAAGAACAGCUCGAGGUGCAGAAAAGACUGCAGAUGAGAAUGGAGGCACAAGGAAAGUAUUUGUUGACAUUACUAGAGAAAGCACAGAAGAGCAUACCUUGUGGUAAUAAUAAUGCAGCAGAAACAGACGACAAGGGUCACUUCUCGGAUUUCAAUCUCGCACUUUCGGGACUUGUAGGAGAUGAUCAUAAGAGCCACAAGGCGGUUGGUUUGGUUACCGAUAAUAUCUCACAACUUAAUGAUGAUUUCCGGUUAUGUGGAGAUCAAGAGAAAAUAGAAACCGGAGGAGAUGCAGGUGUUAUUAAACCGGAAUCCGGGUUUGUGCAUUUCGAUUUGAACUCCAAAAGUGGGUUUGAUCUCUUGACUUCUGCCAACUAUGGGAUUGAAAUGAAGCCAAAUGUGAUUGCAAAUAGACAUCCGCAGGUAUAAUAAGAGGCAUUUUCUUCUUCCUUUUUCCUUAUAGAAUGUUACAAAAAAAUUGGCUUCAUGUUUUUUUUCACAGUCAAAAUAUCUAAACCUCUCUCUUUUUUUUUUUG